CUUGAACCCUCCCUCUCUCUCUCUCUUCAUUCUUUCUCUAGCUCUUUUGAAGAUAGAAAGAGAAAAGAAUAAAAGAAAGGGAAAUGGGGAAUUGUCAAGCUGUAGAUGCUGCAACACUAGUAUUACAGUACCCAAGUGGGAAAGUAGAAAAGCUGUAUUGGCCUGUGAGUGCUGCUGACGUUAUGAAGAUGAACCCUGGUCACUACGUGGCUCUUCUCCUCUCUACCACCUUGUAUCCGACUCGUAAAAAUGGAGAAUGCCCCAACACCACCACCACAACCACCGCCAACAACAACAGCAACAACUCUCUUCGGAUAACAAGAAUCAAGCUUCUCAAGCCCACGGAUACUCUUGUUCUUGGUCAUGUUUAUAAACUCAUCAGUACACAAGAGGUUAUGAAGGGGCUGUUGGCUAAGAAACAAGCAAAGCAGAAGAAAAACCAGCCAGCGCCAGUAGGGAAGCCAGAGAGGAGAGAGAUACAGCAUUCAGGGCUGGAUAUUGCAGUAAAAAGAUCUGACGUGGAGAAGGAUUAUCAGGCCACCAAAAAUGAAACAAACAGCCCAAGAACAGCAACAGCUACCAACUCUGCCAGUGCUGCAGCUAGAUCAAGAACAUGGCAACCCUCACUUCAAAGCAUCUCAGAGGCUACCAGCUAAUCAUGUUUCUCAUCUUCCUGCCAUGCUUACAUGAGGAACAGAUCAGCUCACCUGUACACAAAUCCAGCCCUUUAUUUUGAACCUGCCAAAUUUACUAUACAUAUAGAUCUUCCAUGGAGGCACCUGGGUAGGUUUAUGGCAGAGGGAAGUGAAUCUCUGGUCCCUUCGAGUGCAGAUUUGGGUAAUUCAAAGCUGUGUAGCAAAAGGGUGGUAUCUUAAACAUAGUUUUUAGUAAAUGUUCUUUUGAAAUGAAGUUAAGACUUUCUGCUGAA